UUAUGCACCAGUAUAAUAAAUCAGCUUUCUCAUUGGUCUUAUUUCGGACGAAUAAUCCUAGACGAUCUUGAACAUCACUUUUCCUCUCCUCGUUGCGCAUGAAUUUCUCCACUGGAAGCUCGUCUGUAAUGGAGGAUAAAAUAUUGAGUCACUCUUGCAACUAUGUUCUUCCUGAACGACACCCACCGCAUGCAGAGAAUGGACGAACAUACCACGGAUAUCGCAGAGGAAUCUAUAUGUGGCCGUGUGACGAGCAAGAACAGGAUCGCCUUGAUUUGCUACACAAAGUCAUCACUGAAGCCAGGAUAGGCGAUGGGUUGCUAUAUGCUCCUCAUCCCUCUAAUGCACGAGUGCUCGAUCUUGGCUGCGGCACUGGAAUAUGGGCUAUCGAUGUCGCUAACAAAUAUCCAGAGGCUUUUGUGAUCGGAGUGGAUCUUGCAAAGAUUCAACCACUUAACCGUCCCCCAAAUUGUGACUUCUAUGCGCCCCGUGACUUUGAGGAUCAAUGGGCCCUAGGUGAAGAUCAUUGGGAUGUGAUCCACAUGCAAAUGGGUUGUGGCAGUGUAAGCAGUUGGUCUUCGUUAUAUCGCAGAAUAUUCAUGCAUCUACGACCGGGUGGCUGGUUUGAACAAGUCGAGAUUGACUUCGCACCCCGAUGUGAGGAUGGCUCUUUGGAGCAUACAUCCAUGCAUAAGUGGUACCGGUGGCUUCAAAAGGCCAUGGAGAUGUCGUGGCGACCUAUUGGCCAUAGCGUUAAAGAAACAGUAUCUGUCUUGGAAAACCAGGGGUUUAUCAACAUCGAUCAUCAAGUAGUCGGGUUACCUAUGAAUCCUUGGCAUACAGAUGAGCAUGAAAAAGAGGUGGGCAGAUGGUAUAACCUCGCGAUUUUAGAGAGUGUAGAAACACUCAGCUUAGCUCCCUUCUGUCGAGUAUUAGGUUUCUCGCCGGAAGACGUUCGGUGUCUGGCUACCGAUGUCAAGAAGGAAGUCAACAAUAAGAAGCUGCAUACUUAUAAUAUUCUUCACAUUUAUCAAGCGCAGAAACCAUGUGAAGGAUAUCGGAUAUGA